UAGUUACAUUUUCUCCUUUCUCUGUUCCCUCUGACCCCCAGUCGACCCCUUCCUAACUACCGAACUUCAACCGGCCAGAGAACGGUGUUCCGAGGAAGUUGAUUUAGGAAGAAAGCCAGCGGACUGAGAAAAGCCCCUUGAGACGGCUUUGUGGCCUACCACGCCUCCCAUCCCUGCUUGUGUUUCGACCGUCUCUUGGCUCCCGACAAGGGGUCACGAAACCCCCAGCGGAAAUCGAGCACGUUAGUGCAGACAGAAGACUCAGAAGCCGGAGCUGUAAUCAUUACAGUGCAUGAUGGAUUCCCCGGAAGUAGAAGUCUGGCGUUUCACUCGACACGGAAUUUAUCAUCACGAAGACUGAAGACUAAUCUCUUCUUUAAGACCAGCAAUAUGGCGAUAAAACCAUAGGAAAGAACAUGCCCUAUUCCUAGACUACAGUGUAAUAAAAAAUCUUGCUUCCGGAAGUUGGACACUGGAGCCUGACCAAAACUUCAUGGGCUUGUUUUCAGUGGGAUUGUCUGGAGACCAGACUGCCUACAUGACACGUACACACUUGCGUAACGGAUACAUCAGCUGGCAGACCUCCUGGGUCUUCGCGCGUGAUCGAGAAAGAAAUUGGUCGAAGUGAAGAUGGAGAACCACAAAAGGACAUUGCUGCUCUUCGACGUGGAUGGCACGCUCACUGCAUCAAGACAGAUCAUCUUACCAGACAUGAAAGCUUUCAUCAGCGGUGUUUGUGAAAAAUUCAGCUGUGGCUUGGUAGGGGGUUCGGACUUGGGCAAAAUCACUGAGCAGAUGGGCGGUGAAGAGGCCUUGAACAAAAUGGGCUUUCAGUACGUGUUUGCUGAAAACGGACUGGUGGCCUGUAAGCAAGGGAAGCCUAUAGCUAUCAUGAAUCUGGUAGCUUUCAUGGGUGAUGAGAAACUUCAAUCAUUGAUCAACUUUGCACUGGGCUAUCUCUCUAACUUAACGUUGCCGUGCAAAAGGGGGACAUUUGUUGAGUUCCGCAAUGGCAUGAUCAAUUUUUGUCCAGUGGGCCGGAGUUGCUCUCAAGCAGAACGCCAGCAAUUCUCAGACCUCGAUCAGAAAGAGCAUAUACGAGAGGAGAUGGUAAAACACCUUAGAGAAAAGUUCACUGCCGAUGGAUGGGAAUUUUCAAUUGGUGGCCAGAUUAGUAUCGAUGCAUUUCCUAUUGGCUGGGACAAGAGGUAUUGUCUACAGUACCUGGAGAAAGACUUUGAUACAAUUCAUUUCUUUGGUGAUAAAGUUGAAAAGGGUGGCAAUGACCACGAGAUCUACAGCGAUCCUCGGACCAUUGGCCAUCGAGUCAUGAAUCCUCCUGACACCAAGAAACAAGUAUUGGAGCUUCUAAGUCAAAAUGGAAUCACGCUGUAAUCUUCCCUGAAUCGACCAGUAAGGCAGGCGCACAAUAAAUGCUGCAACAUUUACUCAACUCAGCAAAAUUGGUUUGCUUUGAUUUUUUUCAAUAGCCUGGGCCCAAAUUCAUAGCACUGCUUAGCAAUUAGCAGAAAAGUUGUGCUAAAGGGACUUUGUACAAAUUGAAAUGUUGCAUUCCUGGGUAGGCAUUUACCGCAUUUAGGGAUCAAGUUCUUUUGUUAGGGAAAUUUGAACCGAGUUGUGGGGACAUUUCAGAAUCCUCACAAUGUUUUUGGUCCCCACAAAAUAGGUGAAAUGUUAAGUUUUAAAUGUCCCCUCAACUACGGUGCGUGAGUGGGUGUUCCCACUGGAGAUGCUCUUGAUGGGAAUUCACUGUCAGGAACACACCUUUCUCAAGUUAGUGUGCACACAUGCGGAAUAACUGGAAUAAGUAAUGAACCCCAGUAAAACGUUCUUUGGCAUUACAGCCUUUGAGACACUCCCGAACAAUAGCAGGAAACCAUGUUGCUUCAUGAUUCUUAUCCCAUGGUAUGGAUGCACUGAUGCAUCAAAGACAUCAAAGAGACAUGAACCCUGUUAUGCAGAAAUUGGCAAUUAAGCAGCGCUAUGAAAUGGGCCCCCAUAUUUGUUAAGUCACUCCAUGCUCUUACCUGGCUCGUUAUUUGAAAUUUGCAGGGACACAUGGAGACUUGGUUCUUUUCUGUUUCAGAAUAAAUAAGGUGUGCUUGUGUGCAGAAUUGUGAUGGAUACCAGGGAAAUUACAAGAUAUUUUAUGAAAUAAGUUUUAAAAAAUUCUAUUGAAUUGGGCUUCACUUUGUUUCAGAGAGGUUUUGAUCUUAGCUGCAAGCUACUUUAUACUUAUCUGUCUUCGCUUGUUGAAAGUCAAACAGUAUUCAUUAAAAAAAAAUCAUCGGUAUCAUUUUCUGCCUCAAGGUACUCCAAACAGAUUAAGCUCUAAGAGUAUUUAAUCAUUCCAUUCAAUUUGUAGAGAUUUCUAUUGAAGUUGACCUAACAAGACAGCAUGUGUGCAUCCCAUCAGUGUGUUUUUAUAGGCAUGGUUUGUAGUUAAUCAGUCACAAGCUAUUGAAAUAAACUUGGAAAAAAUUCAUCCCGUGGCCUUGCUGAUGUCCCAUUUCCUUGGACCCUAUCUUGGACUUACUUUGAAGGUUUACGAUGAACUCGACUGCCUGGACCCCAGUUUGCAGUAACAUUUUUAUUAUUGUGAAGAUGCAAGCAGCCGCAGUGUAACGUUUCACAUUAAUGAGAACACUAAAUAGUUUUAUUUUGCUUGUUAUUUUGGGGAUGCUUGUAGGUUCUUCACAGGCUUUUUCCAGGCACCAGUGAACUUCUUUCUUUGUUGUGUUAUUUCAGUGAUUGUUUUUAUGUUUUUAUCUUCUUGAUGUAGCAUGUAAUUUAUCCGUAUUUAUGAUAAAAAUUAAAGCUUAAUAGACAUGUUCUUGUAUAGCAAUAAUAAAUCAUUUUGUGGGAACAGGUGAAGUACAUGUAAAUAAUGGGAAAUAAGUAUAGAUGUCAUUACAGCUUUGGAUAGAUACAGUUCUUAGCUGUGAUUACAGUGUUGUACAUGUAUUUCAAAAAAGAGUAAUAUUUUCGCUGCUAGCAAAAAAUCAUGUAUUUACAUGUAGUUUGUAGAGUCUGAACAUUGUCUUUGACAUUUGUUUUUAUCAAACAGCAGUGAAAAGACCGCAGAUAAAGAUGUGAGAAUUGUUCAUAUGUACGGUAUUGUGAUGGAAUGCCUUGACAGUAACUUAUAAGAGAUGCAUAGCCACCGUAACUAUGGGAUUUCGCUGAUAUGUUAACACCCAUAUAGUGGUAUGAUCUUUCACGUUCAUUUUUAUUUGUAUGUAAUUCAGUACUGACCAAUUUAUGCACCGCACACCCAUGGGAGGAUCAGCUACAACUUUACCAGAAUGAGUGUCAUUCAGACGUUAAUAUGCCAGUGCUGUAGUCAGGUUCUUUUUGGUUUACUCUGAAGUGUGAGUUUGUGCAGUAGGGAAUUCUUGGUUAGGGUCGAUUCCUACUGCACCACAUUUUCAGUAUGUAGUUUGGAACUUAGCCGGAGGACCUUGUAGCGUGAGGAUGUGCUGUCUUUAGAGACAUUAUUCUGGUUGCCCAGGCUACUCAAUUUUCAUUUUUCAUGGUGUUUGUCUGUGGGUACGGUGAAUAGUAUGUUGUGAUGUAUGUCUAGCUUAUUUUCAGUUUUAAUUUCAUUUUUAUUCACAUUACUUUUCAUGUCUAGUAAUUUAUUUGUAUAAUUUCUCUUUUUUAUGAAAUAGGAGAGGUUACUUAAAUAAUCCAUCCUGUCCUUGCAGAAACUAGGUGUAUAAAUAGCCAGAUUGUUCUUGAUACAAAUAUAUUUGAAACCUAUUUUUCUAAUCUUUGUUGUACUUGAACCUCACACUUUUAAUCAGUUCUGGUCUGUGUUAAUUAGUUAGAUCUUUAUGUCACUUUUCUUGUUUUUCUUUUUUUUUUUCAAAUUAAACUCAUGUAAAAUUCUA